GCCUGAUCCCCUCGGCGAGAAGCGUCAGUGGCCGGGCCGGGAGGGAAAGGAAAGGUGUGGGAGGGCGGCGCGCCUCCCUUCGACGCCCUCUCCCCCCCCCCCGCGCGCCACCGCGCCGCCUUAGUCCGGCCCUGCCCCGCGCCAAGGUUUCCCUUUGCCCUGAGGGACUGCGCUGUGCUGCUCUCGCUUCGCGCCGGAGAGGCAGAGCCGGCGGCCGGAGGAGCUCGGCGUCGGGAGGCGCCCGCAGCGACGCCGCCAGCAGCAGCUGCGCGAAGCCCGGGCCAUGAGGAGCCGCCGUGACUCUCUGGCGACUCCGCGCGACUCCCUCGCCGCCGCGGCCCCGGGGGAUGCCCUCUAGGCGCGAGGAUGAGGCAGAGCAGGGGACAGCGGAUGGUCCUGGCCACUUGCCUGGGCUCUCUGCUCCUCGUCGUCUUCUACUUCCAGAGCAGCUCCAACCCAGCUGCAGAGGACAGGAUUCUGAAGUCCGGUUGGCAUGGAAAGUCUGGUCGAAGUCCACUUCAGGCUCUUUACCACGGUGAUCAGUUUGAGCAGUCCUCCCUGCAGGCGACGCACCAGCGCAGGCGGGACCUGCUGAACAAGGUGUGCAACCGUUACACGCGCAAGCGACGCCUCCUCACUCCUGACGACUUGCGCCACCUGGUGGUUGACGAUGUUCACGGGCUGCUGUACUGCUACGUCCCCAAGGUGGCUUGCACUAACUGGAAACGGGUCAUGAUGGUCUUGACCGGGCAGGGCAAGUACCAGGACCCGCUGGAAAUCCCAGCCAACGAGGCGCAUGUGGCUUCCAACCUGCACACCCUCUCAGAGUACAGCAUCCCCGAAAUCAACUACCGCCUGCGCAACUACCUCAAGUUCAUCUUUGUGCGGGAGCCUCUGGAACGGCUGGUCUCUGCCUACCGCAACAAGUUCACCCGCAGCUAUAACACGGCGUUCCACAAGCGCUACGGGACCAAGAUAAUCCGGCGGCAUCGCCAGGACCCCAGCGAUGAGGCCCUGGAGCACGGCCAUGAUGUGCGCUUCGAGGAGUUUGUGUACUAUUUGCUGGAUCCGCAGACUCAGCGCGAAGAGCCUUUCAAUGAGCACUGGGAGCGAGUGCACUCCCUCUGCCACCCCUGUAUCAUCCACUACGACGUGGUAGGCAAGUACGAGACAUUGGCCAAGGACUCCAAUUACAUCCUGCGGCUGGUUGGGGCUGACGCAGGCGUCAAGUUCCCCUCCUCCUCCAAGACCACCAGGACCAACGAUGACAUGACGGCUAAGUUCUUCCAGAACAUCAGCCCCUUUUACCAAAGGAGGUUAUUUAAUUUAUACAAAAUGGACUACUUGCUCUUCAACUACUCCAUCCCGACUUACUUGCGCACCCGAUGAGUUGGUGACCAAGCACCCGGGCCUCCCUUUGCCUUUUCUGAUUUCUGCUGCCAGCCAGUGAACAUAAGAUAGGAGAUAACCCUUCCCCUCUUGUUUUGAUGGUCAAUCCAUUGGGAUUCCAGUUUGUCAAAACUGCAGCCACUGUUCCUGUCUCUUCCAUUCCCUUAUUUCAGUUAAAGGAAUCUGCUGUUGUUUGAUUAUCCUUUCUCAGCCAAAGAGAAUUGUUUCCAGGAGAUCACAGGAAUUGUGGCCUUUUUUUUGUAAGGAGAUUGGAGAAUCAGCCUGGAACAAUCAGAGAAGCAAUAAAACAUGAUAUGCAUUUUAUGUGUUGCUUAAUAUUCCCCCAAAGCCUCUCUCUCUCUCCUCGUAGAUUGAAGAAGCAGGGGUCGUGAGCCAAAAGUGUCUUAUUGUGAACAAUGUCUUAGUGUGAACUAGAAUUUUUCUGUGAGACAAAGCCUUAUUUCAUGCCCCCCUCCUCGCUCUUUCUCUCUCAACCAGUGUUGGAUAUGACUGAGCACUUUCUGCACACAAAGCCCACCAAGUUAUACUCCCAAGCAAAUUCCAUUCAUAUGACUAGACAUUGCACUGGGGCAGUGCUGCUUAAUAGAUUGUCCAUUGGAGUAGGGCGGGGUAUGCACACAUAUGAAGGCCUGAACCAAAGCAGAAAUGAAGGCCUUUCUUCAAUCCUUAAAAAAAUACAAGUCAACAUGCAGUCAUUGCAUGAAUGAAUUGCUGCGGCUUUCUCUCUUUAUGUGCAUAACUCAGGAGUAGCCAACAUGAUACCUUCUAUAUAUUGUGGACGACAACUCCCAUCAGCCCCGACCAGCAUAGCCAACAGCCAAGGAUGAUGGGAGUUGUAGUCCAAAGCAUCUGACAAGCACAAGAUAGGCUACCCUUGGCCUAGCUCACCAUGGGCCUAACCAAUUUAAGCUCCAGAACCAGGUUCUUUAAUCUGUGAAAAAGGGGUGGAGAUGGAGACAGAGUUGGGAACACUCUUGGGAUUAGAAGGCUAGCAAUGUUUUGUUUUACCAAUCUGAGGGAAACUGUACUCUGCAACUUACCUUGAAUUAUAAUUGAGCUUUUUGAUCUGGUUCGCACAACCCAGUAAGCCAAAAUAUGGCUUAUGGGGGACCAUAUGGGCAUCUGGGUUCCCAGAGAGGAGCUUGCCACCGCUUUGUUCUCCCACCCUCAGCCAUUUUUGCUCCUGCAUUGUGCCAAGGUGCUGUCUGGACCAGAGCUUGUAGCUAAGUGAUGUCUCACCAGGCCCGGCUCUAGGGGUAGUCCUGGUGGCAUGGGGCGCCAGGGCGCUGUGCGGCGAAGCUGCGUGACGCCCGCCCACUAGGGCAGGGGCGCAGGAGCGAUCUCCGCGCGUCGGGCACCAGGGCGCCCGACCUGCUUGAUACUGCCCUGUGUCUCACUAUGAGUUGUAACCAAGAGCAGGCCUUUGGUUUCUCAUGUUGUGUGAACCAGGCCUUUCCCACUAGGUCUGGCUCCAUAGAAGGGAUCCUGCCCACCCCAUAGACCUCUCCUGGCAUGCGGAGAAUGUAGAACAUGCCUUGGAGGACUAGUCAGUUUCCUCCUUCUGGGAGAUUGCCCUUGCAGUUAACCAUCGUCCUCUCAUGCGAUUUCCAGAGGAGGGAGAUAAUGUCCCUGGGAAGGUGGUUGCCAUCUUCUCUCUAGGAAAGCCUGCACCCUCUUUACCAAUCAUUAUUCUUAGGAGGGAAAGAAGUGUAUAUUUUUAGCAGUGGCCUCCACCUCAGAGCUAGCCACUCUCCAAGCCUGAAACAAAGGAGAGGAUGUAGGGAUGUAACUCUGAGGUGGGGCAGGCAGCCUUCUGUAUUUAGCUGCUGAGCUGUGGGCUGCUAAUUGCAGCUCCAGAAUAAAUGCAAUCCCUGUGCCCUGUAAAUUAGAGGUGUCUGGAAUGUUCAGAGCAAAAGCUGGACUUUUGGAAGUGGGAAAUAAAAAUGCCCCUUCUCUUCCAAACCCUCAACCAUGCUUUUAAAAAUGUUGCUUAUAGUUCUUCAUAACUCUUUUGUUCCGCCCUCUCUUUUGCUGCUUCAGUGCCAUGGUUUUCCUGCUUUCCCAGCCAAAUGGGGAUCACAUAUUGACCCCUGUGAGGUCACAAUGCCAUAUAACCAAUUGGAUUUUACUAAACGGUGAAGUCAUGAAAUGUACUUGGAGUGGGAGCUGUGCUUCUUUUGCUGACCCUGAGAGGGCAACUGCUUUCUCCUUUGUUUCCAGUCCUCCCGGGAAAUCAUUCAAACAGAAGAGGAGUACUUUCCCUAAGGGAAACACUUUUACAAAAGGCACUUCCCCUUCAUGCCAGCCUCACUACAUAUACUGUAUAGUCCAGCUAUAAGACGACUGGGCGUAUAAGACGACCCCCCCCAACUUUUCCAGUUAAAAUAUAGAGUUUGGGAUAUACUCGCCGUAUAAGAAAUACGACCCAGCGUAUAAGACGACCCCCGACUUUUGAGAAGAUUUUCCUGGGUUAAAAAGUAGUCUUAUAUGCAGGAAAAUACAGUAUUUAUUUAUUGCCUUAUUAGGGUAAUGUCUUGACUGUUCCCCCCCCCCCCCAUAGAAUAGGCAUGGGCAACCUGUGUCCCUCCAGUUGAUGUUGGACUCCCAUCAGCCUAAACCAGCAUAGCCAAUAGUCAGGAAUAAUGGGAACUGUAGUCCAAUAAUAUCUGAAGGAUCACAGGUUUUCAUGCAUGGCCUAGGACAAGAAUGUAACAGUGUGUGUGUGUGUGUGUGUGUGUGUGUGUGUGUGUGUGUGUCCAUGUCUGUGUCCUUUAAUUGGAAGAGGGGAUUUCUCCUCCCAAGUGGUCCAUCUCUGCUUGGCACUUUCCUCAGCUCCUUCCUUUAUUCUCCUACCUCUGAUUCACACUCCACACAUUCAAAAGCAUUUUUAAACCUCCAAACUCUUGUACAGAGAAAAUGAAAGGGCUAAACGCUGAAACUUGGAGCCUCCCCUGCCUUGGGGGAUAUGAGGCUCCCCCAGUUGUGUUUUUGCAAGUUGUGCCUCAGCUGGGCCAAGGUGCCAUUCUGAGCGAAGGGGUGGUGGAUUUGGAAAGAGCUGGUGCCCUUAAAAGUGUUCUCAUCAGCUGGUUUUGGUUCAGGAAGAGUUUGGACAGAGAACAGUGUUCAUUGAUUAGGGGUGCCCUGCUCUGUACAAAUCCUACACCCAGGAAGACUUGCCUUACAUUAAGAUUGGAUUAUAUUAAGACUGAAUGCACCAUUUGCCAUAGACUGGUUUGCAUAUUGAUAAUUGCUUCCCACCCCCAACCCCCAAAAAGCUGCCUUGGUUGCAUGGGCCAAGCCAAUCCUCCAGCAUAUCCAUUUUUAUUUUGGUGCAAAGCACUUUGAAAUCCCAAAGAACUUGAAUGCACUCUAGAAGUGGGAAGGUAGGAAACCUUAUUCAGUGAUGACCUGGGUUUUGGAGGGGAAGAACAUGUUUGGAGUGGUAGAGAUAUUGCCUAGAUAUGGAGAGAGAGAGAGAGAGAGAGAGAGAGAGAGAGAGAGAGAGAGAGAGAGAGAGAGAGAGAGAGAGAGAGAGAGAGAGAGAGAGAGAGAGACUUGUAAGCCAUGGUCAGUCUGCCUAGCUUUGGAGCAUUUGUACUUGAAGAGACAAUCAGUUCCGUCCAAAUGGACAGUUUUGCUUCAAUAAAGCUGCAUUUUUGUCUCUACCACGUUACCCUUGUCUUUGUCUUUGUACAUAAUGCAUCACCUCUGUUAACUAACUGUGCUGAUAAAGAGGAUGGCUGUGCUGCAGGCCUGGAUCUGGUGACUUGGGCAAAGAGAUGGUCCAUCUGGGGCUCUCGAGAUGGUGUGGACAGCUUCAGCCUGCCACAGCCAGCAUGGCCAAAUGGUCAGGAGAGCUGGGAGCUGCCAUUUGCCAACAUCUGGGCUAUCCUUACUGUUCUGAGUGGGCUUGGGGAAACGAGAGUUGAGUAGCCAUUUGGAAUUGCUCCCCACAAUCUGAAUCGGGUCAUGCAAUACCCUAAAAGCGUGUUUCAUAUUAUUAAAACCGGGUCAUAUAUGCCCCUGUGACUUCUCUGUCUGUAGGCAAACUUUCCAUACAAGAGUGCAAGCCUCUUGAGACUGGUUGCACCUACUUAGAAUCAACAUAGAGCUGUGGGGACACGUCAAGGCCGAUUGGGUGAACUACAACCAUUUAAACUGAAUGUGAUACGCUUCUUGUACAUUGACAUGCAUGCUGCUGUUUCUGUGGAGCAAUUGCAGGUCUGUUAUCUUCCGCAUUCUCCUGCUUUUUUAAAUGGGUAAUUCUGAUGCCAUUUCAAGUUAAGAAGCCCCAAAACAGCAGGAGGGGAGAGUGCUGUUCUGCUCACGUCCUGCUUGCAUGAUUCUGUAGGAACUUGGUUGGCCAACAGAAUGGGCAGGAGAGAACUGGCUAGCAAAUAUUUCAGUAUGAACUUUGAACCAAUGUUUCAAUAUGAACAAUGAGUGGACUCUGCCUGCCACCGGCUCUUCCUACCGUCGAUCUCCCAUCCCAUCCCUGAUCCAAUGGGCGCCACCCACCACUGCUGAAAGGAUCCGUGUGCCUUUAACAGGCGAGCAGCAGGCAGCAAUCCAACAGAUGCAACUUUCCUUCCCAGCAUGGAGAUGUGGUGACAGGAGCUGAUGGAUGAGCCUUGCAGCUGUGGUUCUAAAGAGAAGCAUGUGUGAAUCUGUUGAAUGAAAAAAAAAAUUGUUUGUUUCAGGCGGGGGGGCGGGGGAGUCAGCUGGCUGUCCUACGAGAGCCUGCAAUCUACAAAGAAGAAAAACUUGGUUUUGUCAGAAGUUCCACAGCUGCUGUGACCUUAAGCCUCAUGUGGGUCUUUGAAGUUAAUUAAGAGAUCUGCUUCUACACGUUGGCUCUUCCUGGGUAUGGCUGCCCUCCUGGUGCAUCAGAGCAGUGUGCAGAACUCAUCCCACACCCUCUCCGCCCACCCGCCUUGCUCUGCGUCAUGGGCUGAAUGAUGGCACUCGUCCUCUUUGACUCUCGCAUUUGGUGCAGAACCAGCGAGGCCAUUUAUCACCCCUCGUCUGCUGAAAAGUCUGAAUAAUCUUAUGUGGAUUCAAUCUUUGUCAAUUAGAUCAGAGAACAUUGCAUAAAACGGAUUUAAAUCUGCUCUCUUCCCCGGCUGCAUUAAUCAUUAAGCUGCCACCAAAUUGCCACACUUUUCUCUCGCUUGCUCUGUGGCAGGAUGUGUGCCUGCCCUCCAAAGAGCUUUUGGAGAGGGGCUUUAAUCAUUUCUUUGCAACAUAGCGCCAAAGGUUUUGACUUAGUAAUAAAUCUUCGUUAUCCCCCACAAAGAUUUUUAUUUAAAAAAACAACCCAACCCUGACCCAAUUGCUACAAGAUGGAGAAAAGUCUGCAGGUCCAAGCUAACCCUCUUUUCGCAAUAGUCUAUGUAGAAAGAAAAUGCCAUGCCUUGCUGUCAUUGCCAAGGGGAGCGGGGCAGCUCCAGUUUGCACUACUUCCCAAGCAAACCACAACUCUUCCCUGCAAGGGCCCAUAGCUCAGUGAUAGAGAAUCUGCUUCACAUGCAGAAGGUCCCAUGUUCAAUCCCCAGGUGGGGCUAGGAGGGUUCCUUGUCUCGGCCCCGUAGAAAACUGCUGCCAGUCAGUGUAGACAAUACUGAGGUAGGUGGACCAAUGAUCUGACUCAGUAUAAGACAGCUCCCUAUGUUCACACUUUGGCGAGAAUUGCAGAAGGCACCAUUGGCCAGUCUCUGCACAACAGCCCUUAAAAACAUGGGCCCAACCCACACCCCCUGCCCAGCCAAUUGAUUCUUAAUGUGGGGAGGAAUAUCCAGUCAAAAAGAGCAAAGUGUGAGGCCUCUGGUGGUCAACUUAAUGGAACGUUUACUAGGAGGAACCUUAGGUAAAGGUAAAGGGGCCCCUGACCAUCAGGUCCAGUUGUGUCCGACUCUGGGGUUGCGGCGCUCAUCUCGCUC